AUGAAGGGAAUAGAUCUCCUCCUAACCUUCACCCUCCCCACCCUCAUCCUCAUCCACCUCCUCCUAGCCCCCUACACCAAAGUUGAAGAAUCCUUCAACAUCCAAGCUAUCCACGAUAUCCUGACUUAUGGGCUCCCCUCUGCAAACAUCUCUUCCACUCUAAACACCUACGAUCAUGCCACCUUUCCCGGCGCCGUACCGAGGACCUUCUUCGGAGCACUUUCUCUCGCCGCGGUUUCUAAACCUGUCUUAUUGCUUACGCAGGGAAGAUAUGCGCAAUUGAUUGUGAGAGGUGCGCUGGGAUUGUUUAAUGCGGCGUGUCUGAUUAGGUAUAGAAAUGGAUUGGCGGGGGCUUUUGGAGAGGAUGUUGGGAGGUGGUAUAUUCUGUUGCAGGCAACGCAAUUCCAUGUGGUUUUUUAUGCGUCGAGGACGUUGCCGAAUAUGUUUGCUUUCGGUCUUACAACUUUGGCAUUCACGGAAUUUCUUCCAGCACGAGGAGGAAGUAGACCCAGAGUUGGGAUAUUCCUCUUUGUAUUUGCAGGUGUGGUAUUCAGGUCUGAAAUUGCUAUUUUGCUAUUUACGCAAUUGGCAUAUUUACUUGUGUUAUCGAGGAUGUCAUUGAAGACGAUCAUUCCAGUUGGUAUACAGAGUGCUAUUUUGGCUCUCGCUGUGUCAGUACCAAUUGAUUCGUAUUUUUGGCAGAAGCCCUUGUGGCCAGAAUGGGCCGGUUUUUAUUAUAAUGCCAUUCAGGGAAAGUCUUCCGAGUGGGGUACUUCUUCUUUUGUGCAUUAUUUUGCCUCGCUGCUGCCGCGUCUACUGAUGAAUCCUUUGAUCUUCUUGUUACUGCAUCCUCUGGCUUUGACUCUUCCAGCGACCAAAUAUACGUCGAGAGAUCUGAUUAUUCCUUCGCUUCUAUUUAUUGCAAUCUAUAGUCUGCAACCUCAUAAAGAGUCUAGGUUCAUCAUCUAUGUUAUUCCCCCUCUUACUGCUGCUGCUUCUCUCUCGGCUUCAUAUAUCUGGGCCCGACGUUCGAAGAGCUGGCUUUAUACCUUUGGGUCUUUGGCUUUGGUUGGAUCAGUUCUAUUGAGUUUCGUGGCUUCAUCAGCUAUGCUAAUGAUUUCUUCGCUUAACUACCCAGGUGGGGAUGCCCUUUCUCAGCUUCAUGCUCAUAUCCUUAAAGAUCUAAUACGAUCUCCGCGCACACAACGCACGCAAAAUCGAAAAAUCACAAUCCAUAUGGACGUUCUCUCUUGCAUGACAGGCAUAACCCGUUUCCAGCAAUAUCCAUCUCUUCCUCUCCGUUUUCCCCAGGCCCAAAAUAUUACGCUGAACUACGAUAAAACCGAAGACUCCCCCGAAUUGGGAGAAGCGGCUUUUUGGAUGAAGUUCGAUUAUGCGUUGAUGGAAGAACCAGAGUUGGCGGUUGGCAAGUGGGAGGUGUUGGAUACGGUGUUUGCGUAUGCGGGGAUUGAAGUGUUGAGACCAGGAGAUGGAACUAGCUUUUCGGAAAGAUUAGAGGGGGUUUAUAGGGCGAAUAAUGUUAGUGUUGGGGAGGAAGAAGAAGCGCCCAGUGGUGCGGAUGUCAAAAGAAUAGAGGAGGAGGGUGUGGGGAAUGUGGAAGAGAGUAAAGAGGGGAGGGGAUUCCUUGAUUUAAAGACGAAAUCGAUGUUUGAGGAGAUGAACAAUUUUGGGACGUAUAAUCUACUUCGGGAUGCAGGGAGAUUGGUAACUGGGGGGUGGUGGAUAGGUCCCAAAAUGGAAGGGAAAAUUAGAAUUUUGCGAAGAAUAGGGGAUGAGAGGAAUUGGAGAGAAGAGCAGGAGGAGCAGAGGGUGAAGGAUAGGUUGAAGGAAAGUGAGAGUGAUAAGGAAGGCGGGGAGGGGAUGACGCUGGGGACUUAG